AAUCAUAUAAAUACCUUUCCCUCUGAAGAUCUCAAUCAAUUGCUUAUUGAAGAGGAUCAUUCUUAAAAUCCAAGAAAAAACAAUGAAAGUAACUUGCAUAUUCCUCCUCUUUGCGGUGGGGAUUUUCUGUUAUUCAGCCAAUGCAGAAAUUGGUGCCAGUGAUGAAAAAGAGCCAGUUUGUGAGCGUUACCAUCCACCAGCAUGCCCUAGAAUUUACGAUCCAAUCUGUGGGACUGAUGGAGUGACUUAUGGCAAUGAGUGUAUCCUGUGUAAUGAGAAUAGGAAAAGGAAUUUGCACAUCCGAAUUAAGAAAUCUGGAACAUGCUGAGAAGGGAGUAUCCCCUCUGCCAAAGAACUCAAGAACUCCUGGCUGCUCCUGUGGAAGAUAUGCACAGUUUACAACUGUACCGUUAACUACAUGUGAGAUUUUUCAGUCAAUAAAAAUGAAAGCAUAGCAA